GUUUGCAGACCAGACGGCCAUGUAUUGGUGGACACUGUGGAUCUGCGGCGUCUCAGCGUUUGACUACAAUUCAUAUAAAUCGUGGAAUUUGAAAGAUCACCUGCCACCCGGCGAAGAAGAAGAUGGCAAGAAAUUCCAAACAGUUUACGUGUUCAUAUUUCCAAAAUGGAAACAGUACUCCAACUGUGAUUUCCCUAUUCCUGUGUCACUAAAGUACAUAGAAAAUCCACCAAAUGGCGACGUCGACUUAUGUCGAACAAGUUUCGGAAAAGACUCCAAUGAAUUGAGAUGCAGAAGGAGGUUGCAGUUUUUGCACGAAAAAGAAUGGGUCCAGCAGACAUUGGUGGACUACAAGAACAGCACAAGUAUUAGUCGACUUGGUGGAGAAAUGGCAGACUGUAUUAUAAAUAGAAUGGAAGUAAUGGUUUUUCCGACAACAACCACCACUACAACAACCACAACUACCACUACUACUACAACCACCACCACUACUACUACUACGCCAACAACUACAGCGAUGACAACGGAAGAAGGUGAUGGUAAGGAGUUGCAAGUUGGCGAUAAAAAGGAAGUGAAAGAGAAGAAAAAAGGCAGCAACAAAGCUUUUCCAAUCGUAGUAGGAGUAUUAGCGGUUGUGAUCGUGCUGCUCAUAGUUGUCAUACUCAGUGUAAUGUACAUGAAGAAGCGCAAAAAGCGAAGCGGAUCAACCUUUCCAGGCAAGAUGAAAGAACCGACCAAAGGGACUAACCAGAACAAGAGCAUACAAAGCGGGACAGGCGAAAAGUGAGAAGCAAUUUUGAAGUGCUAUGAAUUUGGAAGUUAAUAUAUAAUGCUCAUAAAUGAUGAUUUGUU